AUGGACAAAAUUAAACAUGUAUUUGAGCAAAUCAAAGAUUUUAUUCGUUAUCGUUUGACUAAAGAACAAAAAUCGUUAGUUGAUAAAGAUAAACUAAGUGAUGAUGUAUUUGAACAAAUAAAAGAGUUUGAUCAUCAUUUUUUGACCAAAGAACAAGAAUUGUUGAAAUCAAAUAGUUUAGUAUAUCAUUCUGGUUAUAUAGUUCGUUGUUUUGGUAUUACCAAAGAUCCAAAAACAAAUGAUUUUAUAAUGGUGAUGGAUUUAAAAAAAGAUAGUUUAAGACAACAUUUAAAUGACAACUUCAUUUCAAUGAAAAAGUUGUUAACUUUACAUAGUAUUGCAUAUGGUCUUAAUGAUAUUCAUAAUAAAGGAUUAAUUCAUCAAGAUUUUCAUUUAUUACUUUAUGUAGCUCCAGAAGUUUUAAGAGGAAAAAAAUAUAUUCAAGCAUGUGAUAUUUAUGGAUUUGGGAUCAUUGCAUAUGAAACUUGUACGGGAUUGCCUCCUUAUCAUAAUAUAUCUAAAUUUGUAGGGGUUGAGGUCAAAGUCCAAUUAUAA